AUGGCUAUCUCGUUCCCGGAAGCGUGGCAGACUACGCUCGAUGCCGAACGGGAGCUAUUGCGAUGCCUCGCUGACAAGGAACCAACCUUCGUGGAGUUCUCGCACUACCUCUCCGAGUUCCGCACUGCAGCACAAAACGCUAUCCUCCUGGAUUUCGAUGCCGCCCGCGAAUAUGAUAUUGAAGGUCGCCUGUGGGAUGCGCACCUGAAACUCAACACCCGGUUUCGCAAGAAGUUAUCUCGCCACAAGGAAGAGAAUGUCAAGAAGAAGCCGGUCGAGAAGCGGAAGCUCGAAAAGCAUUACCUGGACUUCAUCAAGUCGAGCCAACGAUUCUACCGCGGAUACAUCCAGCAUCUCUCAUCCCACUUCGAAGGCAUCCUAGAAUUGGAAAAGGUCGCCUGUAAAUUUAAUUUCGAAAAUCUCUCUGCGCGAACCCCCUCCUCGGUUACUCCUGACCUACGCAAGCGCAUCCUUCAAUCCUGCCAUGCAACCCUCAUCCGACUGGGCGAUCUUUCUCGUUACCGGGAGACAGAAUUGGUCGGUAAAGAUCGCAAUUGGGGCCCGGCCAUUGGAUAUUAUGAUUUGGCUUCCGUGAUAUACCCUACUUCUGGCGCAUCACACAACCAACUGGCGGUUAUUGCGCUCGCCGACGGCAAUCACUUUCGCGCCACCUAUCAUCUUUAUCGGGCCUUGUCCGCUCGGGAUCCCCAUCCCUCGGCCAAAGGAAAUCUGGAAAUUGAAUUUAGAAAGGUCAUGACCGCAUGGGCCAAGCGGGAGCUGAUUCGCCCCGAGGAUGCGGGUAUUCCGGGCAAAGCUUUAGCUCCCUGGUUUGUCUACCUACAUGCACAGUGUUAUAAAGGAAGUGAUUUCUCUGAGCAUGAUGAGCUUGAGAGUGAAGUCAUGAGCCAGUUUGCUGUGGAUAUUCGAGAACAACGAUCACUGGAAGGUACACUCCAGAAAUACUGCCUUGUCAAUAUCGCGGCGGAGGAUUUCGCUCGAGUACGGUCCACUGAAGAAUCGGAGAAUGCACGCAUCUUCUUCCAGCGUAUUAAUGUGAAGACAUUUUUCACCUUGCUUCAAAUAUUGCUGGUGGAAUUGGAGCGCUUUGCUGUGGAGGAUUCAGACAGCAAAACGACAGACAAUGUCCCAGACAAAGUGACUGUGGUCGCCCGUCGUAUUCUGCCUGCUCUGCGGCAUUAUAGCUCCUGGCUUCUCACCACCUGUGACUUUCUUCUUGCGCAAAAGGAAGAGAAAGACUCAGCUCUAUCGAUUCAAAUUCAGGAGUUCUGGAAAAUCUAUGCGGGGACCCUGACUCUUCUUGCGUCUACGUUUGAUGUUGUGCAUCUCCCGGAGAUUGAUUAUCUUCUAGAGGAAGAUGAAGAAAGCCUAGGGUUUGCGCCCUUGGAUCAAGAAGCCACUAGACGCCGGUACUACGCUACAAAUGAGCAGCUCAAGCCCCGAGUGAAUGACCCCGGUGUGGAAAGAAGCCACCCUAAUGUGGAAAUGCUGUACCGGAUCCGCGAAUUUGUUAUCGAUGGUCUCGAUAUGGUCGUGAGAAACAGAAUUCCGGUCGCCCUUGUGGAUGAUGAGGAUAAGAAGACAUUCAUCUAUCAAGAAGAUGGACUACCUUCGCAAUUCUUCUCCAGUCCACAUAUCCACCAGGACACACUUCCAAGCGCUAACAUUGAGCGUGAGGAUAUUCCACCGCCGACUCAAGAUUCUAAUUCCGUCGCUGAGGGCCAUAGCAUGUUUGGUGGCUCUCAAUCCGCCUCUGCCUCCAUGUCUGCCAAUAUGAACCGUAUCGUGGAGGGUGUCGAACGCCUGGUUGAGUCUGAUACAUAUGAGAAUGCGCCUGAUGUUCCCGGCCAGUUUGAUUCAUUUUUCCCCGACACCGGAGACAUGCCCACGCCAUCCGGUCAUGUUAGACCUACUCCUCAUGUCUUCCCCUUUAAUGAGCAGAGUGUACAGCCUCUUGGCACCCCUAUGGCCCCUCCUGGGCUUGGACCGCCUAUCCACAAUGCAGCAGAUAGCCUUAGAGCCUCUUCGGCCCAGUCAUACACGCCGUUGGCUGCUCUGCCCAGUAUCCCAAGCAUCUGGAACACCUCCUCUCCCGGGUCCAUGAGAGGUGCCGUAUCCCCGCGGACUCCACCCGGUCUUGGUCAACAGCCUCCAUUGCAUUCGAUAUCCGCGGUUGGUGCCAAGGUUUCCGAGCGGUCGCCACCCCAGGACCUAAUGGCCAACGAGCUACUUCGCCAGAGCGUUAUGGGCCAGACACAACUGACAAACUCCUACGAAACACCGUCUGCUCCCUCAUGGAUGGCGCCUUCCAAUUCGGCUGCAGCUCACCCUCGUCUUCCUUCAAACCAAUGGGAACGAGAGCCUAUUAAUCGAAUGACUUUCGGCUCCUACCAAUUCCCCAGCCAAGUCGUGUCGAGCAUGCAAGCUCCAUCGUGGGCCAAUGACGCCUUCAUCGCCAGCAGUUAUGCGUCCGGUGCCGGCCAAUAUCCUCCGGGUCUUGGCCCUCAUCGCAAAACGGCUACCCAGCUCGGUGCAAUUGGACAAACUCCGCCGUGCGGUCAAGGGGGCUGA